CGGGGGCCAAGCUCCAGGCUGGGGGGGUCCCGAGCUGCGUGUUUCUCAUCGCCCCCCCCGUGCAGCCCCCCUUGUUGUGAGGCCAGCGGCAGCGCCAUGAGGGAGAAUUUCGACGCCCUGCUGGCCCUGGGUGUUCCCAUCGCCAAACCGGAGCCGGUGCCGCAGGCGGAGGAGCCGUGUGCCGGGGUGCAGCUGGAGGAUGGCGAGGCACCGGGCUGCGCCGGCUCAGCGAGGCUGCUGGUGCCCAAGGAGGAGGCGCUGCCGGAGGGCGAUGCCGAUGGCGGCGGUGGCACGGGAGCCGGGCAGGGGCCGGAGCUGGGCUGCUCAGAGGACUGGCUGGUCCGGAAGGUGAAGGUGGAGGACGAGGAUGAGGAAUGGGCGGCCGGGCUGGGCGCCGAGGCCCUGCUGGCGGGGCAGCCCCCGGGCAGCGCCUGCAAGCCGGAGCCGAUGGAGGAGCCGGAGCUGCCGGAGGAGCCGGGGGAGCUGGGCUACGGCACGCUGCCCGCCUUCACGUGGCCGCUGCUGGGCGAGGGCCCGGCCGGCGCCUGCCAACACUGCUGCUGCGCGGCGCAGUGCGGGCAGUGCGUGCCCCCGGCCCCGGCCCCGCCGCGGCCCUUCGCCUGCGCGCAGUGCGGGAAGGGCUUCGGCAAGAAGGCGCACCUGACGCGGCACCUGCGGGUGCACACGGGCGAGCGGCCCUACCCCUGCGCGCAGUGCGGCCGCCGCUUCCGGCAGAAGAUCCACCUGCGCUCUCACCAGAAGACGCACACGGGCGAGCGGCCGUUCCCCUGCUCCGAGUGCGGGCGCCGCUUCCGCAAGAAGACGCACCUGGUGCGGCACCUGCGCACCCACACGGGCGAGCGGCCCUUCGCCUGCGGGCGCUGCGGCCGCGGCUUCGCCCACAAGCAGCACCUGCUGCGGCACCAGCGCCUGCACGCCGAGCCGCCCGCCGAGGCCGAGCCGCCCGCCGACGAGAAGCCCUUCCCCUGCCCCGAGUGCGGGAAGAGCUUCAGCUGGAAGAAGAACCUGACGUCGCACCGCCGGCUGCACGUGGAGGGGCGGCCCUUCGCCUGCGCCGAGUGCGGCCGCGGCUUCAGCGACAAGCGGCACCUGACGGCGCACCUGCGCGGGCACAUGGGGCUGAAGCCGUACGCCUGCCCGCACUGCGACAAGACCUUCAGCCACAAGCCCAACCUGGCCACGCACCAGCGCACUCACACGGGCGAGCGGCCCUUCGCCUGCCCCGACUGCGGCCGCGGCUUCGCCCACAACCAGCACCUGCUGCGGCACCUGCGCGUGCACACGGGCGAGCGGCCCUUCGCCUGCCCGCAGUGCGGGCGCUGCUUCAGCUCCCGGCCCAACCUCAUCGCCCACACCAAGGCGCACGCCGGCGCGCGCCCCUUCACCUGCGAGCAGUGCGGCCGCGGCUUCAGCCGCAAGUCCCACCUGGCGCGGCACCAGGCGGUGCACACGGGCACGCGGCCCUACGGCUGCUCCCAGUGCGCCAAGCGCUUCAGCUCCAAGACCAACCUGGUGCGGCACCAGGCCGUGCACACCGGCCACCGGCCCUACAUCUGCACCCAGUGCGGCAAGAGCUUCAGCCGCAAAACCCACCUGCUGCGCCACGAGCGCACCCACGCCACCGCGCCUGCCCCGCAGCAGGGCUGGGUGGCACCGGCGCCGGCCCCCGCCGCGCUCUGCCCAUGAGCGCCCUUGGUGCCACGCUCAGCAUCCUGCACCGGCACCACGGGUGGGUGAAGGAUCUGGCGGCUCCGGCGUGGGAUGGGUGCUGUUGGUACUGCUGCCCACUGCGGUCACCAGGAGCUGUGUUGCAUCGUGGCACGGGCGAGGAC